AUGUCUGAUGCGGGGCGCGAAACGCCUCUUCCACAAUACGAAAAGACGCAAUCGGUGCCGUUCACUCUCAAUCUCCAAGAAGAUGCACGCAAUCCCGGCCAAUUUCAGCUCGUCUUCAACCUGGGCCCGAAACAACAAUCGUCGAUCGGUGUGCCUCUGAGUUGUGCACCUAAUGUUGCCGCGUCUACGACUCUACGAGAUGGCUUCAAGUCUAGUGUCGAGAGCUCAGUUCCUCAAAAGACGAGUCCGCCAAGCACUCCUCUCCACGAAAGGCAAGGCUGGGCCGACCUGGACAAUGUGCCUCCUGACUUUCUCAAAAAAGUAGUGCCAGAUUGGAAUGUGUCCUUCUCGCGGAGCGACUCAACGGCUUCCACCCAGUCUAAACGACUUACCGACAUCAAGGCCAGGAUCAAGAAAAAAGGCAAGGGCUACGUGGUGCGCUUGUUGAAAGGCUCAACCGAUUCGAACGAGAUUGCCGAAGUUGAUUUGGGUCAAGCGGUUGGCUCAGAACGGGUAUUUGCGACUCCAGAGCUUGACUCGGCGACUUUGCCUGCGGAGCUGUAUUCUCCUUCUCCAGCUGUUGCAUCAAAUACCGACAGUCUCUUGGGUCGCGACGAUAUCUUCGAGAUCGGUACUUCCAACACAUCAGGCAUCCAACGAUCACCGCCGUCCACAAUUCCACCAAGGAGUCAUUUGCCGCGCAAUAGUCUAGCCCGGACUUCGAUUGCAGAGGAUGGCUUCAGUGAUGCUGAGACUCUGAUACCAGACAUCCGCUCGAUAUACGACCGUAUGGAUGAAGAUCAGACUGAUGCAGAACCGUCAUCUCAGACCCCAUCAAUGUUUCCUACCCGGUCAGCCUCAGUCUCCAGUAUCGUGAAGACGCCAACCCGCGGUCUGUCACUCGUUGGACCUGUACGAAAGCGUGUCGAGAAGAAGAAGACGCGUCCCCGUGUGAAGAGCCGAGCGGCGAACCUAGACCUCAAACGACCCAAACAUGGCUUACGGUUGAACACCGACGUACCUCAGACCAAGUCAGCUCAUGUUUCGCCGGCGACGCGCCGCAAGAGAUCACCUAGAAUAAGGAAGAGCGCAUCGUCCUCUUCUUCGUCAAUAGAUACCGAGGACGCCAAUGCACUGCUAUCACCGCAAUCGGCAGGGGCGAGUCGCGCAGAUGAGCUCCGUGAAGCGCUAAGAAGAGCUUUAGAUCAAAUUGAGUCCGAGAAUGAGGAUCUUGAUGAUAGAUUCGAAAAGCCUGUAGUUCCCACCAUUGUCGAACCAUCCAUUGACGAUCAUGUUGGCGAAAUACCGCUACCUCCGGAAGCAGAAAUACGGAUGGCAUCUCCUGAGGGUCGAAACACAACAUUGAGGUACUGGGGUCUUGCAUUGAGUGCGUUGUCAGAUAAAGCCUACGAAGGCUUUCGAUUGCUUCGUGAUACAUUCGGUACUGAACCGCCCGUGCCGCAGGGGCAUGUGCGGGUGCGAUGGACUUGCUCAUGUGGUGAGCCAUUGUUUGACGACUUUAUCGAACAGCGACCCAAUGCUGCCCGCCUUCUUGAAGCUUAUCUUAACCGCCCAAGAUCUCAUACACCACAUAGCCCUACCAGCCAAAGCAGCACCGCAUCAUCGAUGGCCUCCAUCUUUGACUCGUCGAGCAGAGCGUCCACAUUGACCACGCCAUCGUCGACAUACGGCGGGCCUAACUCUUGGACCAGAGGCAGCGAUCCUUCCAAGUAUAGUCCGUCGCGUACUGUAGCCAGUAACCCCUUCAGUGUCCGCAUGCCGUCCUUCGUCCAAGAAUCCUGGCUCCUGACAUGCGCAAAUGAGGGCCGCCUAACACCCAAGAUCGUCCAUCUCGAUGUCAACGAAGGGCGCGUGAGAAGCGACAAAGAUCUAGCGCUCGCGCUGCGAGAGCACUAUGACCAGCUCAAUCGGCGGUGGUUCAACUGGGCUCGUCUUCGCGGGCUAACGACCAUCGAGUUUGUUCAAUUCGAAGUCCAUCGCAAUCGCUUCGCUGAUAUCCGUGCGACACCGUCUAUGCCUCCCAAGUCAGCUGCCUCUUCAGCAUCGACCAGCGAACCAGAGAAGUCUGCAGCGCCGUCUCAGCAUCCGUACACCUUCGAGCCUAACGACCUCCUGCCGCCUGUUGGUAGCACCUAUCUCCUCCAUCUGUUCAAGCACCCGCAGGAUUAUGAGGGCGAGCUGAUUACGUAUCUUCGCAGUCCGAAACGGAGGCAGCGGUUGGAGUUCGGUAUGGGCUGGGGCGUUCAUCUCGUGGAGGGGUUCCUUGCGCAGCGCGUGUGGGCGGUGAUGAUGGGUGUUUGCGGCUUGGGUAGUGCGGUGUUCGCGAUUCUGUGGACGGUCAGGAAGGGCGACGUACAGGGUGCCUUUGGGGUUGCGCAGUGGGUGUUGGGUAUUGCUGUUUUGCUGGUUGGCGGUCUGCAGGCGUGGUUGGAGUAG